AUGAAGUAUUUUGUGGUCGGAUCAUUUGUGGCACUGUUGUGCACUACCGUAUUGUCAAACAAGUAUCCUUACACAGGUGAGGACAAACAGACUGUAGUGCAUUUAUUUGAAUGGAAAUGGACUGCCGUGGUUGAGGAGUGUUUCUUGGUCCCUUGGGUUAUGGAGCUGUUCAAGUAUCCCCGCCCAAUGAAUGAACAUAGAAUAAUAUUGGAACCAGACAGACCAUGGCAUGAACGAUACCAACCUGUGAGUUAUAUGAUAGAGAGUCGUAGCGGUAAUCGUGACGAGUUCGUUGACAUGGUGGAUAGAUGUAAUAAGGCUGGUGUACGCAUUUAUGCGGAUGUAGUUAUCAAUCACAUGACUGGAAAAAAUGCAGGACAUGGUUAUGGUAUUGGUGGCAACAAGUUUAAUGCAAGUAGUAAAAGUUACCCGGCAGUACCAUACAAAUAUGAACAUUUCAAUGGACAAGACACGUGUAAAUCUGAUGAUGGUUUGGUUCACAAUUAUACCAACCCUGAAGAAGUUCGCAACUGUAACUUAUUAGGUUUACUGGAUCUCAGAUUAGAUAUGGACCACGUUCGGGAGAUGGUUACCAAUUACAUGAAUGAUCUCAUUGACAUGAGUGUUGCUGGAUUCCGUAUAGAAUCAGCUAAGUAUAUGUGGCCGUCUGAUUUGGAGUAUGUUUAUAGCAAACUUCAAGACCUCAACACCACUUAUUUCCCAUCAAAUUCCCAGCCUUUUAUAUAUCAAGAGAUUGUUGAUUUGGGCGACAAUGAAGGAAUAUCUUACCGUGAAUACACCGAUUAUGGCUGUGUUACAGAGUUCAACUAUGGUGUAGAGCUCGUACGGUUUUUCGGGGGAGAAGAGCCACUGAGAUGGUUAGAAACAUUUGGAGUAAUAUGGGGAUUCUUGAAAAGUAUUGAUGCAUUGGUGUUCAUUGAUAACCAUGAAAGUCAGCGAAAUGCAUUCAAUAUGAGUGGUAGUUAUAGUAUUAUCACUCACAAAGAACCAAUUGACUACAGAAUGGCAAAUGCAUACAUGCUAGCAUGGGAUUAUGGUUUUACACGUUUGAUGAGCAGUUAUCAAUGGGAAUUUGGAUGGGAAGGGCCUCCACAUGAUGAGAAUCACAUCACUAAAGACGUACACGAUGAUGAAGGAAACUGUGUAAAUGGAUGGGUGUGUGAACACAGAUGGCGAUCAACCAAAAAUAUGGUAACCUUCAGGAAUGUUGUGAAGGGAGAAGAGAUGAGUGGGUUAGACGAAACUCGACAUAAUGGAUCUUAUGAAGACGCUAUAUUCAAUCCAUGUUCAAUACCGAUUGUCCAUUAUGUCAAAGGUACUAAUGCCAAAUACAAUUCGUGGAUGAUAAACGAUGACUACUUGGACUGGUAUGGCUCAGAGUCGAACCAAGGCGGGUAUAAGGGAAUAGAGGCGAGUGGAUCCCCCAUGGUAUGGACGACAACCAAUCCUAAUUAUCAUGCAACCGUGGAAGAGGAUGGAUAUGGUUAUGAGCCUUACAAUACCUAUACAGACCACUUAUGGAUGUUAGACGUAGAUAUGGAUUGCACUAACACUGAUGAUGAAUGGUUUGAACUCAAAGGGUAUGGCGGAGAUUGGGAAAGGAAUGUGAACCAGUGGGCAAUGCGUGAGGGUGAUGCUGGUGGACAAAGACCCUCAUAUAACAGUGGCAAUCACUUUGGAAGAUGUGGUUAUAUCAAUGUAUUCACACACAAUGAAGAUGGUUGCAGAAUCGACUAUUUCUAG